AUGGCUGCUAUCGAUACCACCAGGACGUUGUCAUUUGAUCGCAGAAAUGACAUUAGUGACAUUUAUGUCGCUAUCCCGAACAUUGAUGAAGCAGGCCGAAAGGCCGCCUUUGAGGGGAAAUUUAGUGAGAGUUUUGACGGCGCUGCUUGAAAGGCACUGCUUAGGAAAUAUGUGGUAAGUCCCAAGUCCCAUUUCUAGAAAGAAAUGAGAAUAAUCAUUGACAUAAGCAUAGAAUCACUGGUAUGAGAUGGACAGUCGGUACACCGACCGUAAGGAUGUCGUCCUGGCCCGCCGACGUCUAUGGCCCAGGCUAUUAGGCCUGGCGAUGAGCGUCGCGUGAUCAUGGAUGCCAUCUACCCUGGCCACGAUGUCUCGAAGGCGGAGGCGAAGAAGAUUUCGGGUCGGUACCAGGAGUUGUGGGGAACGGAGGAGUAUACCGACGAAGAGUGUGCGUUCCUGGCUGCGUACGAGAUGGAUCAAUUUGAUCAUCUCAAGCGUGGCUGGCUUUAUCGCCACAUGAUGAAUGCUUUGGAGAAGUACUUCUUGGAGAAAUAG